UCUUUGGUUACAGAUUGUCACUGUGCCCGCUAAGGCAUCUGGACAGCGUCUAUGGAGAGGAGCUGAGGGAUACACCCUGCUGGAAGCAGAACCAAUGCCUCCCUGAUGUGCGACGAAGAGUCAGCUCAUGCCUGUGGGGCUCUGCCAGGAGCAAGCCGUGAACGGGUCCUGUGCCAAGCACCAGCUGGCACAGCAUGGAGCGCCCGAACAAGCUGGAAUUCUUCCGGAAGCUAGGCUACAGCCAGGAGGACGUGGUGAGGGUGCUGGGCAAAUUGGGUGAUGGUGCCCUGGUCAACGAUGUGCUGCAGGAGUUGAUCCAGACAGGCAGCCGCCCUGGAGCCCUGGAGGAGCUGGCCAGCAGCAGUGCCCGGCCCCUGCUCGUUCCCCGGGGCUGCGGGGUGGUGAACUCUGCCCAGCGAGGCCUGGGGCCAGCCCUGGAAGAGGCCGGCCACGACCCAGCCAGCUCUCUGCGGCCUAUAGUGAUCGAUGGCAGCAAUGUGGCCAUGAGCCAUGGAAACAAAGAAGCUUUCUCUUGCCGGGGAAUUCAGCUUGCUGUGGACUGGUUCAGGGACAGGGGACACACAUACAUCAAGGUUUUUGUCCCAUCAUGGAGGAAGGAGCCUUCACGAUCAGAUACCCCGAUCAGAGAGCAGCACGUGCUGGAGGAGCUGGAGCGACAGGCGGUGCUUGUGUACACCCCAUCCCGCAAGGUGAACGGCAAGCGGGUGGUCUGUUAUGACGACCGCUACAUCGUCAAGGUGGCCUACGAGAAGGACGGCGUCAUCGUCUCCAACGACAACUACCGCGACCUGCAGAGUGAGAACCCCGAGUGGAAGUGGUUCAUCGAGCAGAGAUUGCUCAUGUUCUCCUUCGUCAAUGACAGGUUCAUGCCUCCUGAUGACCCUCUGGGCCGCCACGGACCCACCCUGAGCAAUUUCCUGAGCAGAAAGCCGAGACCCCCAGACCCAUCCUGGCAGCGCUGCCCAUAUGGGAAGAAGUGUACUUAUGGCAUCAAAUGCAAGUUUUACCACCCGGAGAGGCCCCACCAAGGACAGCUGGCAGUGGCUGAUGAACUCCGAGCCAAGACGCGGGCCUGGCACGGGGGUGGCAGGGAAGAUUCAAGGCCACAGCCAAGCGCCCAGCACAGCCCCGCAGCAGCUGGGCCUGUUCCCCCGGAGCCCGCAGCUCUCAGCCCCUCGCCAGCACCGUCGCCUGUGGACCUGGUGGCUCUGCGAGGGAGCUUGUCGAGGCUGACAUUCAGCGACCACCCUACUCCCCCAAGGCUGGGACCCGGCCUGCAUGGCAUCCCGAGCCUCUUGGCACCCAGCGACCUCCCGCCCCAGCACUGCCUGCAGGGCCAGUCUCCCAGUGGACGUGGCCCCAGGGACGUGCACAGUGACUGGCCGCCCCAGCACAGACCCCCCGACAGCCAGUGGGCCCCUCUGCCCACCUCCAACCACUUUCGGAGUCACUCGGCCUGGAUGGAAUCUGCAUGGGGCGGCAGCUCCUUUGGGGGACCCUCAGGGUCUGGAUAGACAGCAGUGGAUGCCGAGGUGGAUGCUGGUACCCUGAGGACCAGGUAGAUGGUGUGGUGACCUCAUUCCCUGACCUCCUCCUGCACAGAUCCCUGAGACCCCUGAGGGGCAUGUCCAUUCACCAUUGCCAGGAGUGGCCCAGUCUUGCCUUGCAACUUGGGCAGGUGGAAUGAACCCUCAGUUGCCACCCUGGACGUUCACUG